AUUUUUGCAGCUUUGUUCAGUUUUUAUGGAUUUUUAAGGAUUAACUGUGUCCCGGAGCUCCUGCCUGGAGCAGAUCCAACAUUUUCUGGCACCUUUCAAGCAUCGUUCAUUAGGAAUAACUAUAAAUUCAGCUUCUUCUUUUUUUUUUCUUCCUUUUUGCAUCGUAAGCGUGCGGUCUUGGUUCUCCAGAACAAGCAGGGAUAUGGCGGCCAGCGUCGGCCCUUCACCACAGAGGAUGAAGCCUGGAAGUCUUUCCUGGAGAAUCCACUGACGGCCGCCACCAAGGCCAUGAUGAGCAUAAACGGCGACGAGGACAGCGCCGCGGCUCUCGGCUUCCUCUACGACUACUACGAGGUGCCCAGGGACAAGAGAACAAUACAACCCAAGACAGAGUCGCUGGUCUCUGAUGUGGAUCCAAACAAAAGGCACCAAAUCCAGGCCAGACACUCCAUAGUUCCUCUGCAGGAAGCUGGAAUGGAGAGCAGGAUCCAGGUCCUCAAAGCACCGGUCAACAUUCUUCAGCUCACCCAGGACAAGAGGUCUCAUUUCCCUUCACCAGACACGACUGUCACUGUGUCCAUCGCCACAGUGCCCAACUACACGCCCGUCAAGACGGAGGUGCCCACCCACGGCUUCUCUGUCACGGUGCCGAACAACUGCGGCGAGACGGGCGGUCACGUGGGCGCCUUCGAGCGCCACCUCGCCCAGAGCGUGGUGCAGUGCAGCCCCAGCACCCAGGCCCGCACUCCCCCCGACUCCACCUUCUCAGAGGGCUUCAAGGACGGUUCCCAGGAGAUGUUUGCCUUCCCAGGAGAUCUCCAGUUACGCAUGGCCGCCAUGACACCCGAGGACUACACUCAGUUUGACACGGCACCGGGGAGUAACUUUGAGUAUUCUCUUGAGGCAUCCAAAUCUCUGCGUCAGAAGACCGGCGACGGGACGAUGACGUACCUCAACAAGGGACAGUUUUACCCAAUCACACUCAGGGAGGUUGACAACAAAGGUAUUCAGCAGCCCAUCACAAAAGUCAGGAGUGUGGUGAUGGUCGUGUUCGGGGAGGAGAAGUGCAGAGACGAUCAGCUGAAACACUGGAAGUACUGGCACUCCAGGCAGCACACGGCUAAACAGAGGUGUCUCGACAUCGCUGACUACAAGGAGAGCUUCAACACCAUCGGCAACAUCGAGGAGAUUUCCUACAACGCAAUAUCCUUCACGUGGGACACAAACGAGGAGGCCAAAAUCUUCAUCUCCGUCAACUGUCUGAGCACCGACUUUUCCUCUCAGAAGGGGGUGAAGGGUCUUCCUCUGAACCUGCAGAUCGACACCUACAGCUACAACAACCGCAGCAACAAGCCCAUCCACCGCGCCUUCUGCCAGAUUAAAGUGUUCUGCGACAAGGGAGCUGAAAGGAAGAUCCGAGAUGAGGAGAGGAAGCAGUCCCGCCGGAAAGGGAAGGUCCCAGACCUCAACGCAGGCCUGGCUUUCCCAGAUGUUAAGGUCAACCUCCUCCAGAAGAGAAACGAUGUGACCAUCUUCAAGACCUUGGGCGACCUUGAGACCCAGCCCGUCCUCUUCAUUCCUGACAUCCACUUCUCCACCGUGCAGCGCCACUCCUUCCCUGCAGAGGAUGGAGAAGAUGGCUCAGGUUUGAGGAGAUUACCCUUCAGCGAUGAUGAGUUUGGGUCACCGCCGAACAAGAUGGCAAGACCGGACGAGCCCAAGAAAGUCCUGCUGUACGUUCGCAAGGAAUCAGACGAGGUGUUCGACGCCCUCAUGCUGAAGAAUCCCACGCUGCAGGGCCUGGUGGAAGCUGUUUCAGAGAAGUACGAUCUACCUCUGGAUAAGAUUGAAAAAGUCUACAAAAAGUGCAAGAAAGGUAUUCUGGUCCACAUGGAUGACAACAUCAUCAAGCACUACUCCAAUGAAGACACCUUUCAGAUCACCAUGGAGGAGCAGGGAGGCAUGUACAAACUGACUCUGACAGAGAUCUGAUUCAAACAUCCACACACAGACGGAGGAUGUCUGUAGCCGUCAGGUUUACACUCCUGGCUUUGCAGGGAUAAUGGACUUGAUCUAAAACCUGUAAUCACGUCAUGUAAAAUAGUCCUCAAAUUGGUACAUCAAAGCCGGAGCCUUUAAAAAGAUGACGAUGAUGGUUUAAAAAAAAAAACGUAAGUUAUACAGGUCAUUUAUUGCCAAGCCUCCUAUGUGCACACAAAAAUUAAGUAAGGAUUUAUGUGCGUUUGUGUUUUAUGAGAACAGGAGCUGCAGCUUGUAUAUUAGUGCUUAGUUUUAUGCAAACUGUUGAGGGUUGCGGAACGGUUUGGAAGCUGCUAUACCUCAAGCUAUGCAAGCAGCAGUUUUUUUUUUUAUUAUUAUUCAGAGGUUUUGGAAUUUAAUUAUGAAAAUAUAAACAUCUCUUUUUUCCCUCCACAAAGUCAUAGCACUGAUGACUGCAACCUGCAAAGUUAGAAAUUUCGCAUUUUAAAAUUUGUAUUAUUACUAAACAGUAUAGCAGUAUUUCGAAUGUCAUCACUUCGUAGAAUACUGUAAAUGUUUGUAUUUUUUUAGGGUAAGAUUUAGUUAUGAAAGAUGUGUUUCAUUAAAUUAGUUUAAAAAAAAGAGGCUUUUGUUAAGUAUUACAAUGUUUGUAUUGAUAAAAGUGCUGAACUUCAGCCUUUCUGUAUGUUCUUAAUGUCUAUAGGUCAGUAAAUACCUAGUAUCUUUCUAUCAGUCUUUCAGGCUGUCAUGAUAGUGCAAUACUAAUCAGGCUCAGGCAAAUUCAGAAAAUAAUAGUCCUCUAUUGCCAUAAGAUACAUGCUGAUCUUUGUCUUUUUUAUGGAAAUAUUGUAAAUAAUAUUUGGAAAAGGAUCUGUAUAACUUCUUUUUUUAUAUAUCUCAGUACUUAUUGUGUAUAUAUUUAUUAAGAAAAUGGAUGUGGGUUCUUUAUAUAUAACCAGUUUUCUAUCACUACUUUAAUUAUUAAUAAAACUUUUGUAUGACUUUCCACCAAUGCUACAAGUCGAAGGUUCUGAUAAAGUGCCCAAUAAAGCUCAAACCAGCAGCCACUUUUGAA